AAAGCGCGUUAAAUGCAGCCGCGGGGAGCGGGAAACAGUGACACUCGUGACUAUAGUGACACUCGUGACACUAGUGACACUCGUGACGCGCGGAGGGUUCUUUUAUCACCGUGUGAGCCUCAGCUUAAUGGCGUCGUCCCGUUUUUCAAGGAGAAACUUUAUUGCGACGUAAAGUUUCCGAGCAAGGUGUUCCGUCCUGUCGCGACUGAACCCUGAAGCGAGGCUCCGUUUGCGAUUCUGACCAUUUAACGUUUGCGCUCUCGCUGCUCAGCGUUCAAUGUUAGUUCAUCACGUGUCAUCGAUCGACGGCUAGCAACCAGUGCUGUGUCCGUGCAUGAUGCCUGAAGACAUGUCCAGGCCUUUGGUGCGAGGAGGAGGAGGAGGAGGAGCAGGAGGAGGAGGAGGAGGAGGAGGAGGAGGAGGAGGGGGCUCCUGGGGUCUGGAAGCCACCUCAUGUGACCCUGGAGAUCCGCUCAUCUGCAUCCUGGGUACGGGCGACUUUGCCCGCUCUCUGGCCCGGCGGCUGGUGGCGUCGGGCUACCACGUGGUGGUGGGGAGCCGGAACCCUAAGCGCUGCUCGUGUGUGUUCCCUGAAGACACCGAGGUGACCUCUCAGGUGGAGGCAGUCACUCACGCUGACCUGAUCUUCGUCGCCGUGUUCCCUGAACAUCACUCCACGCUGCUUCCUCUGAGGCCGGUGCUGGCGAGGAAGACGCUGGUGGACGUGAGCAACGGUCUGCGUAUGAACCGAGACGGACCUUCAAACGCCAGCGUGCUGGCCGACAUGUUCCCCGAGAGCUCCGUGGUCAAAGGCUUUAACACCAUAUCGGCGUGGACGCUCCAGGUGGGACCUCGCGACGGAAGCAGGCAGGUGUUCCUCUGCAGUGACGAUCACCGGGCCAAGAACUGUGUCAUGCAGCUUUGUCGCAGGAUCGGGUUCGUCCCCGUGGACAUGGGCCUCCUGUCCUCCGCUCUGGACGUGGAAAACCUUCCCUUCCACCUGUUUCCGUCCUGGCACGUCCCCGUCCUCUGCACGCUGUCCCUGUUCGUCUUCUUCUACCUCUACAACUUCCUGCACGACGUCCUUCACCCCUUCGUCAAAGAGGGGAAGAGUGUUUUCUACAGGAUGCCCAUAGAGACGCUCAACACCACGCUUCCGUCCGUUGCCUUGGUGAUGCUGGCGCUGGUCUACCUGCCCGGUCUGUGCGCCGCCGUCCUCCAGCUGCGGCGCGGCACGAAGUACAGACGCUUCCCGAGCUGGCUGGACCGCUGGUUAACCAGGAGGAAGCAGUUUGGACUGUGCAGCUUCCUGUGUGCAGCUCUUCACGCCGUCUACAGCCUGUGUCUCCCCCUGAGGAAGUCGGCGCGCUACGCGCUGCUCGCCACCGCCGUCAGACAGGUGGAGGACGGCGUGAAGGACGCGUGGGUGGACGAGGACGUGUGGAGGAUGGAGCUGUAUCUGUCUGCAGGGAUCAUGGCUCUGGGUCUGCUGUCGCUGCUCGCCGUCACAUCACUGCCCUCAGUGAGCAGCGCCACCAACUGGAGGGAGUUCAGCUUCAUACAGUCCUCUCUGGGUUACUGCGCCCUCUUCAUGGCCACCCUGCACACCCUCCUCUUCGGCUGGGACCGGGCCUUCCAGGCGGACCGGUACCACUUCAACCUGCCGCCCACCUUCGUCCUGGUCCUCCUGCUCCCUCUGCUGGUGCUGCUGGGCCGCGUCGCCCUCUUCCUGCCGUGCGUGGCGCUGCGGCUGCGGCGGAUUCGCCGCGGCUGGGAGAAGAACCAGCACGUGCGCUUCACGCGGCUGCACGACGACGUGGAGGACGUCAGUAACGUGUGAAUGACUGAAGCUCCUUAAAUCCAAUCAUUUAUGUUGAUUUUUAACAAACUCACGGCGUUUCUUAGUUUGACCUCAUUAUUUAUUCUCAGAAUCUCCGUUUAAAUCCCUAAAAUGUUCCACUACAAACAAAUUGAAAGUGAAAAACCAACUUAUAUCUGACGUCAUUGUGACUCCAUAUUUACUGUGUACUGUCCCUUUAAGAGUGUCAAAGAAUAAAAAAUAAUCAUUAAAACAUAUUUAUGUAUUUAGUGUUAGAAACCAGGGGUCUGAAACGCUGUAUAAACUAACACUUCCUGCUGCUGCACCUUCACAAUAAAAGCAUCAGAAUGGCUUUUAUUGUGAAAGGGGAACAGGAAAUACAAUCUUUUUUUCUUUUGUUUUUAUUUUAACAGGAGGCGAGUGGAGCUGCUUCUGUUUGGCGAGAUGUCUGAUGUCCGAUGUUAUUGAUGACAAAGACGCGACAUCGCAAACAGAAACAUCGGGAGUAUUUUUAAUCAGUGUCAAAGAUUUGUUGCGGUGCGUUCACACACACACACACACACACGCGGACGUGACGGACAUUUUUAUUAUUAUUAUUGAUUAUUUAUAUUUCUGAUCACGACAUCGGAAGAAUCUUCGCACUGCCUGGUCUUUUCAGACGCUACAUCGUGAGUUACUGAAGAGGCUGAAAAAUUAGCGUCUUUUGUACGUAAUCUCAAAAAUUAGCUUUGUAUUCCACGUGAACACAUUUAUGUACUUAUGAGGUUUUAUAAAAAAAAAAAAAAAUAGAAUUGUUUCUAUUGUGUCUAGCACUUCCUGGCUCACUUCCUGUUCCGCCGACCGACUGGCCCCUGAGACUUUUACAUCGUGAGUUACUGAAGAGAAAAAAACCCAAAUGUAGCGUAAAGGAGAUGUAAAAUUGGCGCGUCCUUGUGUCAAUGCGCAGACUUUUUACGUAAUCUCAAAAAUGUGCUUUGUAUUCCGUGUGACUGCACCAUUUUAAAAAUGUGAAAUGUAGCGUACAACAUAUCGCUCUUUGUCUUUAAAAUAAGUAUAUACGUUUGCUAACUCGCACUCUGCUAAUCAUUCUUUGUACAACAUCCACCGUGAAUCAGUUCAUUUCAACCAACUACUGUAUUACAUAUGUUUACUUCCUGGCUAACUUCCUGUCCCGCCUACUCUCAUUUCUGAAGCAUUGCGACCUCGGAAGAAUCUUCGCACCGACUUACCCGCGAGUUACUGAAGAGAAAAGCGCUAAUGUAGUGUCACAAUUUGUGUCUCCCCGCACCGGUGCGUGGACUUUGUACGUAACUACAAAAAUUUGCUUCGUAUUCUGUGUGAACGUGUGAAUGUGAAUGUGGAAAAAAAUCGAAUUGUAUCGUUGAAAUGUCUUGUAUAAAAAAUGUUGCUAACUUUGUUGCCAAAGAUGAUCGUGUUACGUGAAGAACAUUUUUUUUUUUAACGCUACGAAAUUUGAAUGUAAAAACAAAAACUCCUACAACAUAAAAAUGGUUUCUGUUCUUUUCUAUGUGAAGUUUUUUCCUGAAUGAAUCUUGUCAGGUUUUCACAUGUGUGUGGAUGCUGCCACCUUGUGGACAAACACUGGUAAGUGCCUUUGACAUGUUGUAGUUAAUGGAACAGGAGAGAAGCAGGUGACACGUGUGUGGAUGCUGCCAUCUUGUGGUGAAGAAGUGUCACUGACAUACAGAAAACUGAAGGUUUUAUGCUGUAAAUGUUUGGAAAUUUAAAUGAAUUUGAAACUUAAA